GGCUUUUCCUUUGUUGAGUUCGUCGUACUCGUACGUAGUGAAUAAAAAGAAGAGAAGGAAGAGAGAAGAACUACAAGAAAAAAACAUGGCGUACUGGUGGUGGUGGUGGAGGGAACCGAGCAUUUAUGAAAUGGCGGAAGCAGGGUAUAUGUUGCUGUACGUCGGUGAUAUUGAGCCGACAGUGACAGAUUAUGUUCUGUUCGAUGCGUUUUCCCAGGCAAGUCAAGUUAGUUCUGCUCGUGUUUCCGGAUAUUCGAUCACCAGGAAAUCUAGCUAUGGCUACGUUAGCUUUCACCAUUCUCGUGAUGCACAAAGAGCACUAGAGAUGAUGAACCGCACUACUAUUAAUGGAAAAGAGAUUAGAGCUAUUUAUCAUGUCCAUGAUCCAAGUCUUCUUCGAAAGGGCUGGGUUGGUUGUAUACUUAUAAAGAAUCUUGAAGAGUCCAUCGGCCACAAAGCACUCUACGACACAUUUCGGAGUUUUGGAUCCAUUCUAAGAUUCAAAUUGGCUACUAAUAAUGACACUGGUCGUUCACAAGGCUUUGGCUUUGUGCAGUAUGAAAACGAAGAAUCAGCUCUCAAAGCCAUUGGUUAUUUGAACGGAAUGCUUCUUAACGAUGAGAAAAUAUAUGUAGGACCUUUUCUUCAGAGAGGUUCUCCAUACGAUAAGGGGAUCUUCACUGAUAUUUACGUCAAGAAUUUCUCCAAGUCAUUGGCUGAUGAAGAGCUUGAGAAGAUUUUUGGAGAGUUUGGACCGACGACGAACUGUCUGAUCAUAAGGAAAGGUGAAGUUCGUCAAGGAAAGUCUAAAGGCUAUGGUUUUGUUAGUUUUGAAAAUCCAGAGGAUGCUGAGAAAGCUGUUGAGGCUUUAAACGGGAAGAAGUUUGAGGACAAGGAGUGGUUGGUCACGAAAUCGAAAAUGACGUAUAAGAAUGGAUAUAAUUUGAAGCGAGGUUUGAAAUAUUACAUCAACAUAUCUCAGGGUUUGAACUACUUGUGUGUUAAGAAGCUGCAUAAAAGUGUAACUGAUGAAAUUCUCAAAGACUAUUUCUCUCCCUAUGGAACUAUAAUAUCAUGCAAGGUCAUGCAAGACUCUAGUGGAGUGAGUAGAGGAUCAGGCAUUGUUGCGUUUUCGAAACCUGAGGAAGCUUCUAAAGCUGUAAGUUUCUAGAAACAUUAAUGUAUCACUUUAUUUGGAACAGAGAAACUAAUACUGGUGGUUGUUUUUCCAUGUAUUCAGAUGGAGGAAAUUAAUUGGAAAAAGAAGAUAAGGAAACAAGUUUACGUGGAUUUAGCUAUGUCACUUGCAAAUGCAACUCCCGAACAGCAGAGAACCGUACGUGAAUGUUUUGUUUGCCUUUAUAGUUUUUUUUUUUUUUUUUUGCCUUUAUAGUUAUAUCCUUGUCUCUCUCUUUCUUUUUGUUGUGUUCUUUUUCUAAGAAGUGAAAUGAUUUGUACAGAUGUUAGGUGAGAGUCUUUACCCUAUGGUGGAACAACUUGAGCCAGAGUCAGCAGCAAAGAUUACAGGAAUGCUUCUUGAAAUGGACCAAACCAAAGUUCUUCACUUGCUUGAAUCCUUCGUGGCUCUCGAAUCCAAAGUCGCAGAGGCAACUGCGAUCCUGAGGACUGUAAAAGAGCAGCAGCAACAACAACAUAGAGGUGGGUCUGAAUCUGCGAGUGGCUCAAAAUCCUCUCUAAGCCCUGACUCAAAACCCUCUCUAAGCACAAGUUUUAUAAGCCCAAAGCCCAAGUCACUAGCGCGUGUGAACAGUCGACUAUCGAUUGGCGAGAGGUCAGUCGUGUUGCUGACCAACAGAUUUGAUUCCUUCGAAUGAUGUGGUUUCAGGAACAAGUCUGAAUAUCUUUUAAAAAAAGUCUCAAUAUCUGUGUUUAUAAUGCUAAUCUCCUUAAAUCAUCUGUAACAUAGUAGUAAACAUUGAAUUCUAUAAUGAAAGUACUACAUUUUUCUCGCAAAAGUUUGCGAGUGUGUGUAUAUAAACUAUACAUAUCAAAGAAACAAAACAAGACAAUUUUUUUUGCAACCUAAGUUUUUUUGGGGAAAUUUUAAGGGAUAAUUGAUAAAACCAAUCCAAAUAUUCAUGUCAAACAUAAAAGUGAACUCUACUUUCGGUCAAAUGCAAAACCAACAUAAAAAUAUGGUAAAUAUAUUAUGUAACCCUUAUGACCAAACAAAAAAAACAGAAAUGGAUUUUACAAUUUUGUCCUUAGUAAGUCUACACGUAAUAGAAAGAAAUUUACAUAUAUGUAGACCUCCUAAAAAAUCUACUGUUAUAGAUUUAUUAUGUAGUCUACAUUGUAAUUUGAUCUAAAAAUUUAAUUUUAAAAAUGUAUAAAAUAAUUAUUGUGAUAUUUUUAAUUAAUCAUCAAUAUAAUGAUUAAUAUGAAGUUAAUAAAUUAAAAUUUUAUAUAAUUGAACAAUUUUAAGGAAUAUACUCUAAUUUGCUAACCAUGAGUUAGACAGUCUGGUUUAGAAACAAAAGGUUAUAACAUGUUAUGUAUUCUAGUGGUAGAUUUCUUAGGGUUAGAUUUAGUUUUUUUUUGUUUUAUUGACUUAAAUUUGUAUAUUAAUGCCUAGUAGUUUAUAUUUUGUAUAAUUUGAUAUUUGAUACAGUAACUAAGACUUUUUAUCAUAGAGCAAAACAUUUAGGGUUUAAGAUUUGUGGUUUAGGGUUUCGUAGACCUACAAUAAAGUCUAUUUAGCUGGAGACAUCUUUUUCAGUCUACGUUUUUCAAAUUUGUUUACAAAAAAAUCAUUAUAUUUAAACUAAGUUGAGUUUCUUAAGAAUAAAAUUGUGAAAUCAUAAAUUAUAACUAUUAAAAACCAAAAAAAAUAGUAAAUCAUAUAUUAAAACUAAAAUUAAUAAAGAAUAAACAACAAUAAUGAAAUUAUUAUAGUAGACUUCCAAAAAGGUCUGCUAAAUUACGAAAAAAUCUACUCCAAAAUUUUAAUUUUAAUAGACUUCAAAAGAAG